AUGAUCAAUAUAUAUGUAUAUAUUAUUCUUAUUGGAAUAACUCUUAGUCAAGCAUCUAAUAUUAUUUAUUUGGAAAAUUGUACAUAUUCAAUAGAUCUUUAUAAAGAAUAUAUGAAUAUAUUAUGGUCAUCCAAUGAUUCUCGUACAUUACAUAUACAAGCUGUUUAUUCAUUAUCAUCAAAUAAAUCAUUAAUUCCUGGUCAUAUUUAUACAUAUUCAUCACGAUUAGUUGCUGUUAUACCAUUUUUUGUACAAUGUAUAUCAACAAAAAAUUUUUCAUCAACAUUAUAUUUACCAUUUACACAAUGUUCAUCAACAAUAAAAAAUUAUAUUCUUCAAAAAAAUUCUGAAUCAACACGAACAAAUUUAAAUUUAAAAACAAUCUUAACAAUGAAUAAUAUACCAUUACUUUAUAUAGGUGAAUAUAAUCUUAUAUUAUCAAAUUGUUCAUUUAAAUAUAAUUCAAUAAUUUAUAAAUUAAAAUCUAAUGAAAUAUUUUCAUUUCGUAUUGAAUAUGAAAGUUCAAUAUUAACAAAUUGUUAUUCAUGUAAUCAACGUACAUCAAUAUGUUAUAAUAAAACAUGUCGAUGUAAAACAGGUACAUUACCUAUAAAACUUUAUCAUGAUAAACAAUAUUGUAUUGAUAUAACAAAAAAUUGUACAAUUGAUUCUCAACGUUGUUUAUAUUCUAAAACAUUAAAAAAUAAUAAUUAUUUUAAUGAAUUAAUAUUAAUAUUAAUAAUAUUAAUAGGUUUUAUAUUUAUAUUAUUUCUAUCAUUAAUAUGGUUUCUAUUUCGAAAUUUAAAACAAAAUAUUGAUAAAGAUAUAUAUUCAAAUCAAUCAAUAUUUAUUAUUGAUAAACAUGAACAAACACCAUCAACAUUAUCAUCAAUAGAUUCAAUGAAAUUAAAUAUUAAAAAUGAAUAUCCAAAAAUAAUUGGAGAAAAAAAUAAUGGUGAAAUUCUUUUUAUUUUAGCGUAA